AUGCUUCCAAGUGACACCAUCUUGGGGUUCUUUCUCAUAUCACAGUUAUGUAUUGGUGUCAUAGGGAACUCAUCACUGUUCAUUUUAUAUUUAUAUAGUUACUUCUUUAAGCCUCAUUUUAUGAAGUUGAUAGAUUCAGUUUUCAUGCACCUGACAAUAGUCAAUAUGCUGUUGAUCAUAUUUACAUUAAUACCAGACAUCAUGGCCUCCUUUGGAGUACCCAAUUUUCUGGAUGAUAUUGGCUGUAAGGCAGUUUUGUUUUAUACCAGAGUCUUCCGGGGUCUGUCCAUCUGUACCACCUGUGUUGUAAGUACAUUUCAAGUCAUCACCAUCAUUCCUAGUAAUUCUAAGUGGGCAUGGCUUAAGCCUAAACUCUCUAAAUGGGCUUUUUCUUCCUUACUUUGCUCCUGGAUAAUUAACCUGCUCAUCUAUGCAAAUAUGAUUAAAGUGAUAAUAGCCAAAACCAAUUCUUCUCAUGCUGGCAAUGGAUAUUUGCAUGCUUACUGUCAAAACAAGAACUUUGGGAACCACAACUCAGGGCUAUUUUUGAGUGUCAUAUUCAUUCACGAUCUCUUCUUUGUGGCCAUCAUGACUUGGGCCAGCUGCUACAAGAUGACUUUCCUCUACAGACACCAGAAGAGAGCCCAGCAUCUCCACAGCCUAAGCCUCUCCUCCCAGCCAUCUCCUGAAAGCAAAGCCACUCACCACAUCCUGUUUCUGGUGACCUGCUUUGUGUUCCUUUAUUGGUUGAACAACUCCAUCACCCUUUAUGGAUUUUAUGCACAAACAAAAAUUCCAAGGUUGGAGGGAAUUAAUGCAGUUUUAUCAACAUGCUACUCAACCAUCUGCCCUUUCUUACUAAUGAGGAAUAAUAAAAUUAUUUUGCAAUUCACUUCUUCCAUUUCUGUAUUAAGAAUGACCUAUUUUCAAAGUGCACUCUGUGGCUGA